GGUAUCGCGCGUAUUGUUGAGGCUAUCAUGGAUGCCCCUGAGACCGCAGCUGGCUUGGACUUGGUCAAGCAGCGUGCUCGUGACGCUGGUUUUAAAGCUGGUUACAACCGCUGUAUUUCCCAUAUGAACGUCAUGUCUAUAGGCGGUGAUAUCGAAGAGCGAUCCGGCUUUCGGGACGUGGAUACCGAGUCGCUUCUUAAAGCGGCCGAAGUCUCCUUUUAUGAUACGUCCCUUGCCUGUGUAGAGGAACUGGACAAUUGUUUGGAGGCUGCGGACUAUGUUGAUCGCCUGCGGAUGCUUUAUCCGGAUGCGGAAGAGGAAGAUCCCGCUGGUGGUGCCGGAGGAGAUGCGGGAACCAGCGGUACAAAAUAGGGUUUAGGUUGGCUAGUGUGCCUCCUGUUUGUUUUCCUCUUGUA